AUGUGCGCCGUCAGGGCAUACGCCUACGGCUACAGCUAUGUAGGGUCCUACCUAGCCGUCUCGGGAGUUGGCUGUGCUUGGCGCCGAUGGAACACCUUUGGGCAGGAAAAGGAGGAUGAAGAGGAGGAUGCAGCUGCCACUGCCAAUGCGAACUUGCCAACGGAUCCAGCGGCAGGUAUGCCUCCGGGCGCUCCCGGAAUGCCUGGGCCACCACCGAUGCCACAAGGCUGA